UGGUUGGUGCAUGGCAUGUUGGCGCCCGGAGCAGAGUCGAGUUCAUUUUUUUCUUCCGCCCCCAAGAAAAGACACUACCAUGGUUCAAGUGACCCCCGUCGUGAAGCGCCCGAUCAUCAAGAAGAAGAUCACCAAGUUCAAGCGCCACCAGUCGAACCGCUUCAAGCGUGUGGCCGAGUCGUGGCGCAAGCCCAAGGGUAUUGAUGGCCGUGUCCGUCGCCGCUUCAAGGGCGCGAUCCGCAUGCCCAACGUCGGCUACGGCUCGAACUCGAAGACCAAGCACUUGUUGCCCAACGGCUUCUACAAGUUCACGGUCAAGAACGUCGCCGAGUUGGACAUGCUCCUCAUGCACAACCGCAAGUACUGCGCCGAGAUCGCCCACAACGUCUCGGGCCGCAAGCGCAAGGACAUCUUGACGCGCGCUGAGCAGCUCAACAUCCGUGUCACGAACCCCAACGCCCGUGUCCGCGCCGAAGAAGCCGAGUAAGCUUUGUAGGAAUGCACCAUGGAACGAACGAGGAAGGAUGCGACGCACGACGGCUCUUAGUGUGGACACCUUUUUUGCAGGGGUUAAGAAAUUACCAUCACAUACACUUGGACCACGUUGUCGCCCCA